AUGGCCUCAAUGUUCCCUCUUGCGCUAAUUCAAAGAUUUGUUGUCUCAAAAUCAGUUGACUGCACAGACCUCUCAGCCUCUGAUCAGUUCUUUGACGCUAUCAUACAAAACUCAUUUGUACCCCUCCCAAGAAAUGGGCGCAUUUGGAGGCCAUGCAUUGUGCCUGUACCAGACAAGUCUAACAGAAUUCUGGUACAGAGCUUAAACUACAAUGUAUUCUACGGUUCAAGUCGCCCUUAUAGCCCGCCACUUUCUGAUGUUGAAGAAGAUAAAAUGGAGCAUAUCGUCAUCAAGACCUUGUAUGAUCCACUUGCAUUGGACAACAAGAGCUUCAAGACACCAAAAAACAAAGCAGACAAUGACAUCUGGAGUGCUGAAGAAAGGUCACGAGCUGAGGCGGGUGAGAGGGUAAGAAGUAUUGACAGUUUGCAGGCAAAGCUUGCAACUUUGUAUCGCAAGGGAGUUAAGAGAUCGCAGGACGCGUACUUAAGAAUCCCUAUGGAGAUUAUACCCAAGUGCAUAGCAUGCUCCUGCUUUUUGUAUCAUCAAGAUGACGCUGACACUUCUCAGUCAUCACUUGGACCUGCAUUGUCAAGAUGGUUCACUCAUGGUAUUUGUGUGAACGGCGCUACCGAACCACAUAUGUUCUGCACUCGAGAGGUAGAUGCACAAUCUCCUGGGUGUAAACACUUUCAGGUGAUGCACUUGUCUUGGUACAAUAGGCAUUAUACCUCAGGUAAUGAGGCCCCUAAGGAGGUUCAACUGUGGCUUCUAGAGAAAGAAGCCAUAUGCACUAACCACCAGCAGGUGAUUCCUUACAUAUCAAAGGAUCUGUGUGAACACCAACACAUCUACUCUACAAUCUCACGCGUAUAUGCAGAGCUCUUUGAGUGGGUACAAAACUUGAUGGAGACUUUUCUGCAAGAUGAGUUUGAGAUGCUGAUGGAGGUUGCGUCUGUCUUGCCUGGCAAUCACUCUACGCCUUUCGCGCCCUUCAUAUCUUUGGUCAUCAACAUCAAUGUGAGGACCAAAGCCCAUUGA